AUGUCAACCGUGCCCGAGCAGGAUGAGUCAAUGCAGAAGAUUAUACUGCCGGAACCAUGCAUCCAUGAAGAUACCAACGGCGUUCCAUCGACGUCAAGGCGGCGGUCUCUCGAUCAUAUUACGGCAAAGCGCACGAUGUCCGGAGAUCGUGCGCAGCCUACCGUUACAACAACAAGCAAUGGCACAUGCUUCGGCUUGUUUGAUAAUGAGGAAGAAGAACGUCUGCUUGGUGACUCCGAAAAGCCACUACCAUUCAUUGAUGAUUCGGCUCGGUUAAAAGCGGGGCAAAGUCCAAUUGGAGCACGACAUGCAUCCACUGCACCAAGUUUGCGGUCGAUCUCGUUACCAAAAGGCUCAUCUCCUCAAAGCAGCUCCGAAUUGACACAUUCAGCAUCGGUGGCCGCCGUACAUCCACCCCAUGCAGGGUCACCACAUGGAAAGAUCCCUCUGACACAAAGCGAGUUGCGGAAGCCGAAGAAAGAGGUUUCUCAGUACUACAAGAAGCAGAAUGAGCUUUUGGAAAAUUUCAAGAACGACAGUGUUUCAAAAAGUUCGAACGCGGCAACGGUUGAUAUCGUCUACAAGUACAGAGGGCGAUCUGCAAACAAGGACGAUGGUGAAGAUUUAAAUCGAAACUUGUCCCAGAAAGGCUCGAAAGUCAGCAAUAACAAUCUGUCGACUUCCGAUACGAUGGCCCCUUUGUUAAAGAACACGGAUGGUGAGCAAGACGUCGAAAUCGGCAAUGUCGCACCUAACCAACCUCUAGUAGAUCGUGGAGAUGAUCGGAAGUCAUCUAUCGCAUCCGAUAUCUCUGUGUUAGCAAGGCAUGAAGCUAAUAUGGACGCUGCGCGAGCAACGUCUAAAGCAGCGUCACGAUUAGCACAUGCGACAUUGAUCGUGAAUAUAUCCCUGAUGGUCGCCAAGAUUAUCAUAAGCGUUGUGAUGGGUGUCGCUAGUGUUCAGCUAAUAUUUGGUGCGAUAAGUCGUAUAGCGGCUGCGUAUAAGUUCAAUGCGUAUGGUGAGUAUUAUUAUCUUGAUGACUGA